GUAGCCGGAAGCGGGUGGCGCCGAGGUGGGCGGUCGGCCCGCGUCCUCGGUGCAGUUCGGGGCGCCGCCGACCCCGGCCCGGACCCCCGCGCGCACGAGCGAGCCCACCUGCCCGCACCAUGGCCAGCCCGAGAACCAGGAAGGUCCUUAAAGAAGUCCGGGUGCAAGAUGAGAACAACGUGUGUUUUGAGUGCGGUGCGUUCAACCCUCAGUGGGUGAGUGUGACCUACGGCAUCUGGAUCUGCCUGGAGUGCUCGGGGAAGCACCGCGGGCUCGGGGUGCACCUGAGCUUCGUCCGUUCUGUCACUAUGGACAAGUGGAAGGACGUGGAGCUGGAGAAGAUGAAAGCCGGCGGAAACGCUAAAUUCCGAGAGUUCCUGGAGUCUCAGGAGGACUAUGACCCCCGGUGGUCCCUGCAGGAGAAGUACAGCAGCAAGGCCGCCGCCCUUUUCAGGGACAAGGUGGCCACCCUGGCUGAAGGUAGAGAAUGGUCUCUGGAGUCGUCGCCCGCCCAGAACUGGACCCCACCUCAGCCCAGGGCACUGCUGUCCACUGCCCAUCGAGCCCCUGGCCAGCUGCAGAGCUCCACCGCUGCCUCUGACAAGGCUUCCGAAGACUGGCUGAGCGACGGCUCCUGUCGAGGGGCCCAGGAGACCCGCUAUGUGGGCUUUGGGAACACCGCGCCACCUCAGAAGAGAGAGGACGACUUCCUCAACAGCGCCAUGUCGUCCCUGUACUCGGGCUGGAGCAGUUUCACCACCGGAGCCAGCAGGUUCGCCUCGGCAGCUAAGGAGGGAGCUACGAAAUUCGGAUCCCACGCAAGUCAGAAGUUCUGGGGUUCCAAGCAGCAGCCCGAGCUGGCGUCGGAGUUGGGGCAUAGUCUGAACGACAGCGUCCUCAAACCCGCCCAGGAGAAGGUGAAGGAGGGAAAGAUUUUUGAUGAUGUGUCCAGUGGGUUCUCUCAGUUGGCAUCCAAGGUCCAGGGGGUUGGCACUAGGGGAUGGCGGGACGUCACCACCUUUUUUUCUGGGAAAGUGGAGGACACCUCGGACAGACUCCCAGAGGGCCAGAGCUACCAGAACAGCGGUGGGGACAACUCCCAGAACACCAUUGAUCAGAGCUUCUGGGAGGCCUUUGGGACCACUGACCCCGCCAAGGCACACCGGUCCCCGAGCAGCGACAGCUGGACAUGCGCGGAUGCCUCAGCCGACAAGAGGAGCUCAGACAGUUGGGACGUGUGGGGCUCGGGCUCCGCGUCCAACAACAAGAACAGCGACAGUGGUGAUGGCUGGGAGGCCUGGUGGGGCGGCGGGGAGGGCGCGGCCAAGGCCACCAGGGAGGGCGCAGCCAAGGCCACCAGGAAGGCCGCGCCACCCACGGCGGACGAGGUCUGGGACAACCAGGACUGGUAGGCCCCAGCCCUGCAGCCAGUGCUGUGGAAGGCAGCCUCGGGCGGGCCCCUGGGCCGUGCCUGCCGGUCCUGUGUCCCUGUCCCCGCUCUCCUGGAUUCUCGGCAGCCCUGGGCACUUGGGCCAGGCGCUGUCGAGGGCAGGGGUCCGUGCUGCUGCGGGGAGCCGGCCGCACCCUGCCGUCCCCCCACGCACUCAGUAAUAAACAUCCUUCCUGGUGGCA